AAAAAAAAAAAAAAAAAAAAAAAAACUUCAACCUCGUAGUCUCCAAUUCAUUGCUCCCCUCCCUGCGCAGCCAAAGCCAAUGUUUUCACUUCAAGUUAAACCCUAAUUCGGUUCAUGCACCAAAAAAGGGGGAGACUAUACAAGAAUAUUGCAGAGAGGCUUAUAUCAAUCACCCAAUCUCUAUCAUAAGGUCAAUCUCCCUUUUUUUCUUCUUUCCUUUUGUUUUAUCUUUAGGAUCAGAAUUUUAUUAUUAUACAAAUUUUUCAGUUUUUAGAAGUAAUAAUUUUAAGGAUUUGAUACUUUGAUACUUCCACAAACAGAGGCAGAUAGUGUCAAGUCUUUAGUGACCUCCCAAGUUGCUAAAAGACACUCAAUUCCCUUUUUGACUUGUAUUUUUAUAUAGGGUUCUACUUCUAUAAACCACCUUAUUACUCAACUUCAUUUUUACCCAAUUCUACUGUUCUUGGACAACCAAAAAAAAAAUGUCUCACCAAGAACACCAAUUGCAUCACCAACAGCAUGUUGAACCCCAAAAUUCUGCACAACCCGCGAAGCCGACUGCACGAUUUCCGGCUAAUCUUUUUAGCAAGGGAAUGGAUAAUUUGAGGUUUCGAUCGAAAUGGGCAGAAUUGAAUGGUGCAAUGGGUGAUUUAGGUACCUAUAUACCUAUAGUCAUUGCAUUAACAUUAGCUAAGGAUCUUAAUCUUGGUGUAACACUGAUAUUUACUGGUUUUUAUAAUAUUAUUACUGGUUUGAUUUACGGUGUGCCGAUGCCUGUACAACCUAUGAAGUCAAUUGCAGCUGUUGCUAUAUCAUCGAGCAAUGAGGAGUUCGGUAUUCCAGAGAUAAUGGCGGCUGGAAUUUGUACAGGAGGGAUAUUAUUCUUUCUUGGCAUUACUGGACUGAUGGGUCUUGUUUAUAAGAUAAUUCCACUGCCUGUUGUUAGAGGAAUUCAACUCUCCCAAGGUUUAUCUUUCGCAUUGACAUCGGUUAAAUACAUUCGGAAGAAUCAGGACUUUUUGAAAGGGAAGGCCGGUGUUGAUAGACAAUGGUUAGGGUUGGAUGGAUUGGUUUUAGCUCUUGUCUGUGCUGGUUUUAUUAUUAUUGUUAAUGGUGCAGGUGAAGAGACAGAAAAUGACAGUCAUAAUAGAGAAAGAGAUCAAGUUGAUAGUGAAUUUCAUAAUGAGAAUUCUGAUAGGAGAUUAAGGAGUAAACUAUGGAAGAUUCUAUUCUCAUUACCUUCAGCUGUGAUUGUGUUCUUAUUGGGAAUAAUACUAGCUUUCAUUAGACAGCCUGGGAUUGCAAAGCAGAUAAGGUUUGGACCAUCUAAUGUAAAUAUUGUGAAGAUUUCUCGGCAUGCGUGGAAACAAGGGUUCAUUAAAGGUACAAUUCCACAACUACCGUUAUCAGUAUUGAAUUCUGUUAUUGCAGUGUGUAAGUUAUCGUCAGAUCUUUUCCCGGGUAAGGAUUUCUCGGCGACAUCAGUAUCGGUUAGUGUUGGGGUAAUGAACUUGGCUGGAUGCUGGCUUGGUGCCAUGCCAUGUUGUCAUGGCGCAGGAGGAUUAGCUGGGCAGUAUAAAUUUGGAGGAAGGAGUGGUGGUUGUGUUGCAAUUCUUGGUGCAGCUAAACUUGUGCUGGGUUUAGUUAUAGGAAGUUCACUAGUGAAAAUCCUAACUGAAUUUCCAGUGGGAUUGUUAGGAGUUUUGCUUUUGUUUGCAGGAAUUGAAUUGGCCAUGACUUCAAAAGAUAUGAAUUCCAAGGAGGAAGCAUUCGUAAUGCUUGUCUGCACAGCAGUGUCAAUUGGUUAUAAUGCAGCAGUAGGGUUUGUUGGUGGGAUCAUCCUUUAUUUGCUUCUUAAGCUAAGGAAUUUGAGCAAGAGUGAAAAUGCAAGCCCGGGAAAUUGUUUCCGUGGGAAUCCAUAAAAAGAUAGGAGGACUCUAGUGACAUCCUUAGUUUUAGUACCAUUUCUUGUGAUCAAAUUUUACUGUUUACGACUUUCAGUGUUUCUCAAAUAAAUUUUACUGUUUACGA